AGAAGACGUGAGUUUGAUGCUUCGCGUACAGACAAAUGGCCUGACCCUUGGCAGGCAAUGGGCAUCAAUGCAUCGCGACCCGCAUGCAGCCCAAUAGUACCCAUUCAAUCUUUUGCCAUCCAGCCACCCCGAAAAGUUACAUCUGAAGAAAUUGAAGACGAACCCGCAGAGGCACAGCAAGUCCAAAGUCAAGGGGGCGAAGAAAAGAAGAAGAAGAAAAAGGAGCCACCGUACCGUCAAGGCAGUGGGACGGCAAAGCAGCACGGAAUGUCAGAUAUGAUCGAUUUGCCGGCCCAAUGA